CCCCCACCUAUCGUGGGGUCCUGCUGCGGCUCCAUUGCUUCGGGAGCUGCUGGUUGGCUCCGGUCUGGAUGCGCGGGGGUCACCGGGGUCCGAGGCAGGGUUCCAAUCUGGCUUCAAGGGAUGUCGGUGGCCUUUGUACCGGACUGGCUGAGAGGCAAGGCGGAAGUCAAUCAGGAGACCAUCCAGCGGCUCCUGGAGGAGAAUGACCAGCUGAUCCGCUGUAUCGUGGAGUAUCAGAAUAAGGGCCGGGCGAAUGAGUGUGUCCAGUACCAGCAUGUAUUACAUAGAAACCUCAUUUAUUUGGCCACCAUCGCAGAUGCCAACCCAACCAGUGCUUCAAAAACAAUGGAAUAAUCUUCCAGUUGACUGUUGUGAGAAGUAAUUGAAUGCAUGUCUGGAUAACAAAGACAUCAUGAGCUCUUCAAGUCUACCUUUUUACUUUCAACCUGAAGAGGAAACUGAGCAGAUGUUGGGCAAUUGGCAGGAAUUGGCAAGACUCCCGACUGAGACCCUGCCAAAUGGAUAUGCUGCUCCCUCCUACCAGUUUAUAGCCAUGGACUCCCUGACUGCUCUUUUCAGGUUGCUUUGAAAUAAAGCUUGCCUUUGCACAAGAGAAUGAUAGUGAGGUAUAGAAAUUUUCAUGUAGUAAUUAUUCCAUUUGGUUUUCCAGAAAAACUGUAAGGACUUAAAAAUAUAUGUAACAAUACCAUUA